AUGCUUCGUAGGAAAGGAUACAUUGGACGACAGCUCCGACCCUCUCAACUCGCUAAGGAGUUAUUGGAUCCAACAGAUCAGCUAUGGUGCACCACGUGCCACAUGGCUGUACAGAAGAAAAUCUGGCAGGAGCACAAACAGUCGCGUAAUCACACACUAGCUGCAGUAAAACUUAAGAAAAUGAAGCGUCUUUCGCUUGAUAUGUGGGAAAGGCACCGCGGAGCUCCACUUCACGAGGAAAGCGGCCGCGAGGUGGACAUAGAGAAAGAGUUUCAGCGCUUUCGAGCUGAGCAAAGGGAACGGGAGGGGUAUGAUCGGUAUUCCUCUCCACACUGA